CCAUGACAGUUUAUGAAAAAUAUAUUUGAGCGAGUGCUCCACUCUGGAUGUUGUCCUCAGGAAUGAUGCUGACCCUGCCUGGCUGUGUGUUCUGGAGGAUUCUCCUACUGCUCCACACAGCAGACUGCGUUACUCAUAAGGUCAUUACUCCAGUUCAUCACAUCACUGCUGUGGCUGGUGAAAGUCUAGUUCUGCCGUGCUACGUCGACCCCAGCAUCAGUGCUGAGGGCUGGACGGUGGAGUGGUUGAAACUCUCAGCAGACAGAUACCAACGCAACGUCCAUCUUUACAAAGAGGGCAGAGAUGACAAUGAAAAUCAGAAUCCCUCCUUCAGGACCAGAACAGCUCUGUUUAAAGAGGAACUGAAGACAGGCAACACCUCCUUGAAGCUGCUCUGGGUUAGAGGCACUGAUGAAGGAACUUACAAAUGUUUUGUUGGGUCACCUACCUUGGACUGGUAUGAUGAUUCCAACAUUGAAGUCCACGUUAAAGCUGUGGGAUCCCACCCAGUGGUCUCCAUUGAGGGGCACAGAGGGGCAGGGAUGGUUCUGGUGUGUGAAACACAUGGCUGGUACCCUGAACCAGAGAUGGUGUGGUGGGACAGUAAAGGAGUUCCCCUCUCUGCUGAUCCUCCAGAGAUGACCAGAGACUCUGAGGGACUCUACACACUCAGACUGAGGGUCACUGUUCAGAAGACACAUAGAAACCUAUUUAACUGUAGAGUUAAACAGAAAUACAUGAAGAGAGAUGAGACGGCAAGGAUUCAUGUUCCUGGUGAGCUGUUCUAUCAAGAUCACUCUUGGAUAUGGUCCUUGGCUGGGGUGUUGGCUGUGGUGUUUGGCGUCUCUGUCGUGGGAUUAGCUGUGGCCAUCUGUGUCCUGGUGAAGAGACAUAGAGAUAAAGGGAAGCGUUUCAAGGCCCAGGAAGGUGAUCUUAAGAAAGACAAUGGUCGGCUCAUAAAGGAAAUGCUUUAUUUUAAGAUUGGUGAUCUUAAGAAAGACAAUGAUGCCUGUAAGCUCACACUGGACCCAAACACAGCACACAGAAACCUCUCUCUGUCUGAGGAGAACAGAAAGGUGACAUGGAGGAGAGAGAAGCAGCCGUAUCCUGAUCACUCAGAGAGAUUUGAGGACUGGUCACAGGUGCUGUGUAGAGAGGGUCUGUCUGGGCGCUGUUACUGGGAGGCAGAGUGGAGUGGAGGAGGGGUUUAUAUAGCAGUGACAUAUAAAGGAAUCAGUAGGAGAGGAGAGGGUUAUGACUGUAAGCUUGGAUACAAUAACAAGUCCUGGAGUCUGUACUGUGAUGAUGACAGUUACUCUGCCAGGCACAAUAAGAAGAGCACUGACAUACCUGCCCCCCCCUCCAGCUCCCACAGAGUAGGAGUGCAUCUGGACUGGCCGGCCGGCACUCUGUCCUUCUACACAGUCUCCUUUGACACACUGACCCACCUGCACACAUUCCACAGCACAUUCACUGAGCCCCUCUAUCCUGGGUUCUGGGUUUAUGACUUUGACUCCUCAGUGUCCCUGUGUCAGAUAGAAUAGCCCACACACACUCUCACACACUGUGCUCACAUAGAUGUCAUUGAAGAUUGAACUGAUGGAAUUGAUAUCCCAGCGUGUUUGUAAAUAUUGGUUUGUGUAGAAUGUUUGUUUUGUUUUAAUUGUUGACAAACAGCAAUCUUAUCUUUGAUCUCAGUUCCACUGAAUGUGACAAACUAAAUAGUGUCAUACUGAAUAAAUAAGGAGAAAUAAAGAUGUUUUAUACAGGA